AGGGCACAGAGCUGCAAAAUAAUCCGAGGAAUGAGUGGCCAGGAAAAGUGGGGUCGAGAUAAGGCUGCCUGCAAAUAAAAAAGCGAACUUAUUACCGUAAUAGAUAUUUCUCUUUAGGACGGGUGCAUACAUCCAUGGGGUGAAUGUCUUUUGGACAGGCGCACCCCAUUCAUUUCUUGGUGUGAAUUCAUUCAUUGCUUUCGAGCCGGUGGAUGAGGCCAGGAGGGAGGUGGAGGGUUUAGCUUAAACGGAUUUGGGUUCCUAAUCCCCAUUUAUCUGGCCAUGGCCAGGUGUGAGCUGCUCCCACUUCCGGGCUUUCAAAGCAAGAGCAGAUGUCCUCUCGUCCAUCAAAGGGAUUCUUUUACAGGAAUGCGAGGCUCAAGGCGUCCCUUCCCAGUUUGAGAGUUAACCCGUGGGGACGCUGGGCCCCACCCCUCGGGGGUCUCCCUCCUCCCUCGGCUGCCUUUGGGGCGGGAGAAGAAGGCGGCGCGUCCCAUUGAAAGCUUCACCCGGAGCCCGGCAAUUGCGCUCAGCGUCGGCAAAGAAGGCGAAGGCGCUUCGGAGAUGCUCAGCAAGCGGCGCGUCUUCUCGGUGGAGGAGCCCACCUGGAACCGAGGCAGUGCCUGGCGGUCCGGAGAGAGCGGCGUGGUGUUAACGUCGGUCAGGAUGUACCGGAAGCAUCCGGAUCCUCAGGCUCAGGUGUCCCUUAGCUUGGAGCUGGGCAACAAGACGACCCCGAAGGUGGACAGAUGGGGCGAGGCCGGCUCCCCGACGGACCCUGCCCCCCACCCGCUGAGCUUCCUUCCCACCAGCGGAAGGCUCCUCAAAUCCGAAUCGGAGGACUCCGGCGUGGAGAUGGCUAGCAAUGACCACUCGCCGUCGAGCCCCGUGGGCUCCGAGGAAAGCUUCUCCUUGGAUGGUUUCCAACCAGCGGUAGAAGAUUCUCCACCUCCAGUUUCUCUCGAAGAAAAAGGACCGGGGGUACAGAACCCUAUCCAGGAUUGCACUUACCUCCGGAGUCUCUCGGUCAGUAGAAAAUUGGCACAAGUGGUCCAACGAUCUCAGAAGCAUCGCUUGCCCGGUCAGCGGCCUCGCAGCCUCGUGGACUUGGAGCAGAUGAAGUCCUUUCACUUGCCCCAGCUGGCCAGUGUUGAUGGGAUUGUUGACAUGGCCAACGGAGAUGAUCGGGAAAUAUUUGGCUGCAAAACCUUGGAAGAGCACAGCAUAGAGGAACAGGUGCCAGAUGAGCCUUCACUUUCUAUGCCUGGACAGGGUCUGCGAUACCUGGAGCACAUCUGCCAGAUGCUGGAAAAGAUUGCCCACCUCCAGCGGGCCAACAUGCGGCUUCAGCAUCAGCAGCAGAUCAUGGAGUGCAAGAUCCGGGCUCAGAAACUGGAGAAUGAAGGCUUUUCAGAAGAAGCAGCUGAAGACUCUGAGCUGGUGGAGCCAGCAAAUGCAGCAGCUUCGGAGAUGGAGAAAGAACCGGAUGGGGAAAAUGACUCACCCGACUCCUGGCACCCACACCAUUUCCGGGCACGUUCUGCUUCCGAUACACGGAUGCUACGGAGCCCAGCCCGAAACCAUGCAAACAAGGCCGACUACUCAAGGAAGUCAGCAACCCACUCCGCCAGCUCUCCCAACCUCCUGGAUCAGUUGGAUGGCGGCUCUCAUACGUUACCAGCAAACAUAAAGGUCAAGAAUGAUCACUCCAAUUGGGGCAAAGUCAAAGUGCUGAUCAAUAGGAUGAAAAGGAAGUCCUUGCGGUCCAAUGAAUCAGGUUCCCUUGACCAACUUGCACCAGGCAGCAGUGAACAGUGCAGAGAAGACACGCUUUUAGACAAACAAGAACCCAUCCUUAGGCGGCGUUUUCUGCCCGCUCUGGGGACAAAGAAACGCCGUUCAAAGCAUCUGUCCAUUCGGUGAGCUUCGAGUUCCUUUGGAGAUAUGAAAGAUUGAUGGUGCUGAAUUCAGUACGGUUCUGGUCCUUUCCUUCAUCUGCCCAGCAAGGAUCCAGUCUUCUCUGGUGGAAGAGAAGAAAAGGAUGAGAGACUUUCAGUCACAAGUGAGCCAACAUCCCCAUCUUCUAUGAUGGAGAAAGAAGGGCUUGGAAUUUUCCGUCGCAAACCAGACAUGUCCAGAUAUUUCUGUGCAAUGUCUCCCUCAUAUUGCUACCUGCAAACCCAACUUCGCAAACUGGUCACAAACUCUUCGAAGAAAUUUCUCCUGUCUGGUGUUAAUUGUAGUUGUAUGUUACAGAGGCACUGAUAACACAAGUCGUGGUUCAAUCUGGAUUUGCAAGCUAUGGUUGCAAAGGAACCUGGCUGCAAUAACCAUGGAUACUGGAAACACGUUUUCUUCAAAUGUACAAUUUGAUAGCUCACUUUGGCCCAGCUCCACCUCAUGCAAACCAUGGUUAUUGCUAAGCAGGUUCUCUGCAAACCAUGGUUUGAACCAGACCUAUCUAAGGGGUCAAUCCGUGAUUUCAUUUUUUCCCAUAUACAUUUUAGGUGGAACUGGGUCCUGAUUUGCAAAUCACUGUUUGCAAGGCAAUGUAUUCAUUCGGUCACCCAAGCUUUCUGUUUACUCCUCACCCACUUCACUUUUAAAUGCACUGUGAUUGGGACUGAUCUCUCUGAGGCUGGUUCUCUGGAGAAAACUGGUUUUGGGCCUGUAUCUCCCAAAAUACAAUUCACAUAGUGUCUCCAUGCUGUGUGCUUUUUCCUAGAGGUAUAUUCUUUCUCAUCAUGGCUCUAUAAUUUCCAAGGCUGGUUAGGUUUGCUUACAUGAAAUGUUUACAUGAGCCAUUUGCAGAUGAAGAAGGCGGCUUAGGAGGAAACCCUCUCUUCUCCGUAUCUCUUGUCAUUGCAUCUCCAACAGGAAAUCCCUGUGUCACCAAAUGUGAAAUAACUUAUUGGUUCUCCUUAACCCUCUCCCCGCCCCAAUUAAAACAGUGGUCAAAGACCUCUUGCUAUGCCUACAGCCAUAUAACUUCACAUAUGGAGUGAAUCUUGUAUAUUUAUAUGACUUUUUGGUCACACCUAUAUUUGUAUGUAGAAUGCAUGUAUGCUCCAGAUUAAAAAAAUAAAACCUUUUCCAUACUUUUAAA